AUGAGCCUAGCGGAACUAUUAUCCGAGCUGAUCAGUCUUCAUGUGGCUUUGAAGAAGGUGAAGUUGGGGGUGCUGCUAUGGAACUUGAAAGAGGAGGCGAAGAUGUUGCCGGCCUCUGAUGUAUGCCUCAUCCCAAUUUUUAUUUUUAUUUUUAUCAUGAAUACUAUCAUAUGGAAUUGUAGAGGUGCGUGUAAGCCCUCAUUUCGAAAACAUGUUGGUGAGCUAGUUCGGAAUCAUAAUCCAGCUAUUCUAGUAAUUAUGGAGACCCGUGUUGGGGGCAAUAGGGCAAAGGGAAUCAUUGACAGAUUGCCAUUUGAUGGCUCAAUGCAUACGGACUCUAUUGGGUAUGCGGGUGGAAUUUGGAUGUUGUGGGAUUCAGAGAGGGUGGAUGUCUCACUACUGGCUAAUACUGAACAGGAAAAUCAUGCUUCAGUUAAGGUACGAAAUGCUAACUCUAGCUGGCUUUUUAUUGUUGUGUAUGCUAGUCUUAGAACUGUUGAAAGACAUAUUUUAUGGAAUAACCUUAUUAAAACUGCUGAGUUACAUAAUAUGCCGUGGAUUUUGGCAGGUGAUUUUAAUGAACCACUGUCAAUGGAAGAUAAAUUCGAAGGAAGAGCAGUGAGUGUCAAUAGAUCACUAUUAUUCAAGGAGUGUCUGGAUAAAUGUAAUAUGAUUGAUAUUGGUUUUUCGGGGCCCCGAUUCACUUGGACUAAUAGGAGAGAAAUCCAAGCUUUAAUCCAAGAAAGAAUAGAUAGGGUCUUUGUUAAUCCCAGCUGGUGUUUAUUGUAUCCGGAAGCUCGGGUGGUCCAUCUUACCAGAUGCCAUUCCGACCAUUGCCCUAUUCUUUUGGAGAUGCAAUCGAGAAUUAAUAUGGGGAGAAAGAGGCCUUUUAGAUUUCAGACCUGUUGGCUGUCUAAACCAUCUUUUCCAUCUAUUGUGUCUCGAGCGUUGAGUGAUUCUUCCGCUCUAAGAGAUGCAGUUAACAGAUUCACUCAGGCAGUAAUUCGAUGGAAUGCUUCCCAUUUUGGUAAUAUCUUUAACAGAAAAAAGAACAUCAUGGCUAGGAUUAAUGGGAUUCAACGGGCUUUGUCUGUGAGACCUUCUGCCUUCCUUGUAAAUUUGGAAAAUGAGCUUCUCAAAGAUCUAGAUAAAGUGUUGAACCAAGAAGAAGAGUUGUGGGCUUUAAAAUCCCGUGUUAACUAG